GGUAAUAUUUGGCAACAGACCGUCAAUCAACCGAUUUAAUCUCUAGUCUAGUCAGGAGAAAAUUCAAAAAAAUUUUUUUUUUUAGUAAUAGCAUAAAUUUUGGAAAUUUUAAACUUUAGUUUGAAAACCAAUCAAAAUUAAAAUGGCCAGCUUAACACGCGUGCCAUCAAUAUUAGCGAAAAAUUCUGCCGCAGUGAUGCGUUCUGCGUUAGUAACAUCUUCUCGAAAACUGCAUUUUACCCCAGGGCACCACGAUGCAAAACGCAAUCCAAACGCAUCGCCCGGUCAAUAUGAAGUAAUAGAUCAUGCAUAUGAUGCUGUUGUUGUAGGCGCGGGUGGAGCUGGCCUUAGGGCUGCUUUUGGUUUAGUUGCAGAAGGUUUUAAAACCGCCGUAAUAACUAAAUUGUUCCCAACGCGGUCGCAUACCGUAGCAGCCCAGGGUGGAAUUAAUGCUUCUUUAGCCAAUAUGGAUAAAGAUGAUGAUUGGAAAUAUCAUAUGUAUGACACUGUUAAAGGAUCUGAUUGGUUAGGAGAUCAAGAUGCUAUACAUUAUAUGACUCGCGAAGCUCCGACUGCUGUAAUUGAACUUGAAAACUAUGGUAUGCCUUUUUCCAGAACUCCUGACGGUAAAAUUUAUCAAAGGGCAUUUGGUGGACAGAGUUUAAAAUACGGAAAAGGUGGUCAGGCACAUAGAUGUUGUUGCGUUGCUGAUAGAACCGGUCAUUCAUUAUUACAUACAUUAUAUGGCCAAUCCUUGAGUUACGAUUGCAACUACUUUAUUGAAUAUUUUGCCUUAGAUUUAAUUAUGGAAAAUAAUGUUUGCCAGGGUGUUAUUGCCCUUUGUCUUGAAGAUGGUUCAAUACAUAGAUUUCGUGCAAAGAAUACAGUCAUAGCAACCGGGGGUUAUGGAAGAGCUUAUUUCUCCUGCACAUCUGCACACACAUGCACAGGAGAUGGUACAGCAAUGGUUUCUCGCCAAGGAUUGCCUUCAGAAGAUUUGGAAUUUAUUCAAUUUCAUCCCACGGGAAUUUAUGGAGCUGGUUGUCUUAUCACAGAAGGAUGUCGCGGUGAGGGUGGUUAUUUAAUAAAUUCUAAAGGAGAACGUUUUAUGGAACGUUACGCACCUGUAGCAAAGGAUUUAGCUUCUCGUGAUGUUGUUUCGCGUUCUAUGACAAUCGAAAUAAUGGAAGGUCGCGGAGUUGGACCCGAAAAGGACCAUGUUUAUUUACAAUUACACCACUUACCCCCAGAACAACUUCACGAACGUUUACCAGGAAUUUCAGAAACUGCUAUGAUUUUCGCUGGUGUUGAUGUUACUCGUGAACCAAUUCCAGUACUUCCAACGGUGCACUAUAAUAUGGGUGGAAUCCCAACCAAUUACAAGGGACAAUGUUUGACUGUAGACAAUCAAGGAAAUGAUGUAAUCAUAAGAGGUUUAUAUGCUGCAGGUGAAGCAGGUUGUUCCUCUGUUCAUGGUGCUAAUCGUUUGGGUGCAAAUUCUUUGUUGGAUUUAGUUGUAUUUGGACGUGCAUGUGCUAAGACAAUUGCUGAAGAAAAUAAACCUGGGGAACCUGCUCCUUCAUUGAAAGAUAGCGCUGGUGAAAUGUCUGUAGCGAAUUUAGAUAAAAUAAGAUAUGCAAAUGGUUCUAUUCCUACUGCUGAUUUACGUUUAAAAAUGCAAAAAACUAUGCAAAAACACGCGGCAGUUUUUAGAGAUGGCCCAUUACUUAAGGAGGGUGUUGCUUUGAUGUCUGAUAUUUAUAAACAAUUUAAAGAUAUUAAAGUAACAGACAGGUCUUUGGUAUGGAAUUCCGACUUAGUAGAAACACUUGAAUUACAAAAUCUUUUAGCAAACGCUCAAAUGUCUAUUGUUGCAGCCGAGAAUCGUAAAGAAUCCCGAGGAGCACAUGCCCGUGAAGAUUAUAAGCUUCGUGUAGAUGAAUAUGAUUACAGCAAACCGUUGGAGGGUCAACAAAUGAAGCCAAUAGAUCAGCAUUGGCGUAAGCACACACUCUUGUGGAUAAGUGGUGAUGACGGACAAGUUAAAAUUGGUUAUCGUAAAGUUAUAGACAAAACUUUAGAUAGUUCUUGUGACACUGUACCACCAGCAAUCCGAUCUUAUUAGGAUAAUAAGUGUUUAAUAAAACAAACAUCCUUUUUGUAACGAAACAGCUACACUUUUCGAUUGAAUAACGAACUCAAAUUUUAAGAGCUAAACAUAUUUUGAGAAUGAAUGAUUCAAAUGUAGCCAAACAUCUAACAUUUUUUUUUAGUUUAUUGGAAAUUUAUUAAAAAUUCGCAAUGUUCUCGUAAAUUUUAAUAAAAUAAUCAGCUUUAGUUUCUCCAAAUACCAUUUCAAAAAUUUGUGGACAUGACUGAGAUUUAAUGAAUUUUAAAUGUAAUGUGAUAAAGAUGUCAUGUAAUUAUGAAAAACUUAAGCUAAUUUUUUAUAGUAAUUUGUAUAUAAUAAUACAAAUACUUAAACUCACAUUGAAAUUGAAUCAUUUAAAUGCAAUCGCUUAAGGUGAAUUUUUAAUAAAUUUGAAAUGUGUAAUUAUUUAUCGAGUUUUUUCUAAUUACAGAAUUAAUGUUCAUUAUCAAAUUUUAAGUUUUAAAAUUAAAAUUAAAAUAAAUCAAAUUUUUUUCAUAAAAGGAAUUAAAGUUAUUUUUAAAUUAUUUAAAAAAAAAAUGUUUUAA